AUGGGUUCUCCUUGGCCGUUUACUGCUUGGGGCAUGGAUGUUAUUGGGCCCAUAGAGCCUCCUGCGUCCAAUGGACACCGUUUUAUCUUGGUCGCUAUCGAUUACUUCACAAAGUGGGUUGACGCCUCGACACAUAAGGUCAUAACCAAGAAGGUGGUAGCAGAUUUUGUUCGCAAUAACUUAGUCUGCUGGUUUGGAAUUCCAGAAUCAAUCAUAACAGAUAAUGGAGCCAAUAUUUAUAGUGAUUUGAUGAGAGAGAUUUGCAAAAAGUUUAAGAUCUCUCAUCGAAAUUCCACGGCUUAUCGACUACAAAUAAAUGGAGUGGUUGAAGCUGCAAACAAGAAUAUCAAGAGGAUCUUGAUGAAAAUAGUGGACGGUAAUAGGGAAUGGCAUGAGAAUUUUCCAUAUGCUUUACUUGGAUAUCGCACCACAAUCAGAACUUCUACUGGGGCAACUCUCUACAUGUUGGUUUAUGAGUCGGAAGCAGUGAUACCUACAAAAGUAGAGAUACCUUUAUUAAAAGUCAUUCAAGAGGUUGGUCUAGACGACUCUGAAUGGAUUCAUAGCAGGAUGGAGCAACUGAUGCUCAUUGACGAGAAGAGGUUGGAUGCAGUCUGCCAUGGUCAACUCUAUCAAAAUAGAAUUAUCAAGGUGUUCAACAAGAAAGUCAAACCUCGUCGAUUCACACCGGGACAGUUAGUAUUGAAGAAGAUAUUCCCUCACCAAGAUAAAGCCAAAGGAUCGUCCGAUCAAAUCGAACGGAUCAAAGCUGGUCAAAAUGGAGUCUAUACAUUAAAUGCUCAUCACCAGCAACAGACGCGUAUGGUUUCUCUUUUCAGUGAAGCCAGAGUCACGUCUUCAUCUCCUCUUUCCCUAAACAACAACAAUGCCCCCUUCUUUCACCCUUCUCAUCUCCGUCCUUUCUCCACUUUGUUGAAGAUGGAACCACCAUAG